AUAUGUCAGAUUCUCAUACAUUAUUGUAAUAUUUGCCGUUGUUAAAAGCUAAAACCAUGUCUGCAGUAUAAACUUGGAAAUUAGAAUCUUAAAACAUAUUAUUUCGUAUUGUGUUCUAUGGUCAGGAAUCAGAAUAUAUUAGAAUGGUCAAUGGAUGAAACAGUAUUGAGUAUACAAAUAAACAACAUACACAAAUACACAAUAUCCAUUCUACAUGAAAUCCUUUUUUUUCCGUAAUUACUCCAACACACGGUCAAUAAAAAUUUAUUUUCCACUGUGGCUACACUGUAACAACGAUAAUUGGUAAUUUUUGUUAUUCAAACAGUCCGUUAAAAAUUCUGAGAUAAUACCUGUAAAACAUUAAAACGCAAAUGCGAAAUGCCUAUUAUUAUUUAUUUUCUACAUUUCUAAAGCUUCAAUGUUGAGUCUUUAAUAGUGUUAAUGCCGUCAAUGAACAUUUCCAACAAAAUAAAUAUAAUUGUAGAAUAUUUUUUUGAAUGCUGAUGCUCGUUUAAUCGUUGAAAAAGUGGUUUAAAAAGAAGUUGCGCGUUAUUCAGAGGACAGGACUAGACCACGAUUGAGAUUUUGAAAACGUUUUCAUUCAGAUAUUUAGUAGUAGGUACUCAGUAGGCAUGUCGAACAUAGUGGAAAUUCCAGAUCCGCGAUCGCCUACUGUAGCUUUUGUCAGAACUCCGUUACGAGUAGUAAAAAUGAUAAUAGACGAAGAAAAUAUAUCUACAGAGACACGAAUAAAUAACGAAUUAUUUGAAAAUGCUUCAUGUGGAAGUUUAGUUAUGUCAACACCAAUUAGUAACACCUGUGAUACAGAUGAUUCAUUCCAUUCAGCAGUUGGUGAAAAUGAUUUUGAACCCCUAAUAAGCAGUACAGAUACUAAAGUAAUGAAAGAUAGUAGUAAAAAGAAUAGGAGAGCACUGGGGUGCAUUAAAAAUCGUCUGAUUGAAACACCCAAAACGGAUAUGCGUCGUAAGCUUUGGCGUAACAUGGAAGACGAAAGAGUAAAAAAAGGAGUAAAUAACGGAGUUGAAAAUACACCACCUUUACCCUUUAUGGAUUUGACUGCUUCAGCUCCACCAAAAUUAUACAGACACCGCAAGUAUACAUAAGGGUUUUUAUUUUUAAUACUUAAUUUAAUUUUUAUUUAUAUCACCAUAUGAUUUUUGAUUUGUUAUUUACUAAAUCUAUACUUUUUUUCAUUAAUCUAGUAGCAUAUUUAGAUGAACCCAAUAUAACUCGUUCUCACUUUAUACACAAAUUGAAUUUUUUUUUUAUUGCACCAAUGUUUGUAGUAUACGUGUUUAUGCCUUAAAGUCAAAAAGAUCAUUAUGUAUUUAGAAUUAAAUAUAAUAUAUUGUAUUAAAUUAUAUUUAUUCUAUAAUCA